AUGGAUUUUAAGAGUUUAGUGAGUCUGUUCUUUUUUCAUCUUUAUUCCUUUUCAUGUUUUCAUUUUAUCCAGAGCAAUCAGAAUGAGAUUACAGACAACUUUGACGACAUGAACCUGAAAGAGGCUCUCCUCAGGGGAAUAUAUGCGUAUGGUUUUGAAAAACCAUCUGCCAUCCAACAGAGGGCAAUCAUUCCUUGCAUCCAAGGCCAAGAUGUCAUUGCCCAAGCCCAGUCAGGCACUGGCAAGACGGCCACGUUUGCCAUCUCUAUCUUGCAGCAGCUGGACAUAGAGAAGAAGGAGACCCAAGCUCUGGUUUUGGCUCCAACCAGAGAGCUUGCUCAGCAGAUCCAGAAAGUGAUUCUGGCGUUGGGUGACUACAUGGGGGCAUCCUGUCACACCUGCAUCGGGGGGACCAAUCUGCGGAGCGAAAUACAGAAGCUACAGGCUGAGGCUCCUCAAAUAGUUGUGGGCACACCAGGGCGUGUGUUCGACAUGCUGAACAGGAGACAUCUGUUCCCAAAGAGGAUCAACAUGCUUGUCUUGGAUGAAGCUGAUGAGAUGUUGAGUCGAGGGUUCAAAGACCAGAUUUAUGAGAUCUUCCAGAAACUGAGCACACACAUUCAAGUGGUCUUGCUAUCUGCUACCAUGCCACAAGAUGUGCUGGAGGUGACCAACAAGUUCAUGCGAGAACCUGUUUGCAUCUUGGUAAAACAGGAGGAGCUUACCCUUGAGGGCAUCAAGCAGUUCUACAUAAAUGUAGAACGAGAGGAGUGGAAGCUGGACACCCUGUGUGAUCUCUAUGAAACGCUCACGAUCACUCAGGCUGUCAUCUUUCUCAACUCGAGAAGAAAAGUCGACUGGUUGACUGAGAAGAUGCACGCUCGAGAUUUCACAGUCUCUGCUUUGCAUGGUGAUAUGGACCAGAAGGAGCGUGAUGUGAUAAUGAGGGAGUUUAGGUCUGGCUCUAGCAGAGUGUUGAUCACCACUGACCUUCUGGCUCGUGGUAUUGAUGUCCAGCAGGUUUCCCUGGUCAUUAACUAUGACCUUCCUACCAACCGAGAGAACUACAUCCACAGAAUUGGUCGUGGUGGUCGUUUUGGCAGAAAAGGAGUUGCCAUCAACUUUGUGACCGACGAAGACAAGAGGACUCUUCGAGACAUUUCGACAUUUUACAACACAACCAUGGAGGAGAUGCCAAUGAAUGUGGCCAACCUGAUUUGAGCCCCAUAUUUUGAAUAAGUGUUCUUUUCU